AUGUCGGCAUGCGCAGGAAGCUCCGGCCCAGAGCUCAGCGGUAUUCCAGGCGAUCCUCGAACCGUGAAAAGCAAGAUACUUGAAACAGGCGCGGCAAUGGUGCAGGACUUCAAACCGAUACAGCAAAUAUGCGCCCAUUUAAAUGCAUUCCACGUUUACGCCAACGACCCAACCCGCUGCAUCGAGGCGAAUCACUAUUGCACACAUCUCACAGAAGGUAAGCCUAGCUCCGGACAAAACUACCCAGCCGUACUACUAGUGCUAGUACAACCCGGAACGAAGGAACUAAUCCAGGAUUUAUUCUUGCAUCUAGACGUUCGUCAAUGUCUGAUCUACGACUCACCCAAUACUAAUGCCCGGCUCAUUGGCGUCGAGUAUAUGGUCACCCCACGCAUCUUUAGAACACUUCCGGAGGAGGAGCGCAAGCUAUGGCACACACACGAGUUCGAGGUCAAGAGCGGGAUGCUCAUCAUGCCCGCGCCAGUAGGCAUUGCUGCCCCAGCUUGGGAUGCGGCGGAGACGGCGGAGAUGGAGGAUAUUGUUCCCAUCUAUGGUAAAACAUAUCAUAUGUGGCAGGUUGAUCGGGGUGAUGUAGUGCCAAUGGGACCGCCGCAGUUGAUGGGGAGUUUCACGUCCCCCGAGAGUGUGGAAAAGGCUCGGAAGGGAGGAGUAGAGGCGCUCCUGAAGGAAAGAGACGAGAGAUUUGGCGUAGAUCAUCGACAGAAGGCGAAAAAGAGGGAGAAUAUUGCGGCGGUUGAUAAGCAUCCAGAGCUCUGCGAAAAAUCGAGGCAUGUGCUUGCCGCCCACUCAAUGGAGAAGCUACUUCGAUAUGCAUUGACAGUCAAACCGGGCAGGUUUGCUCGUCUUGCGCUCAAUGGCGCCGGCACGUUCUGCGCCUGCACCCUGGUCUGGGAGCACCUAGUGACCGUACAAUCCAGCGAGGGACCCUCGAUGUACCCGACCUUCAACCCACGCGGCGAUUGGCUCCUUGUUUCACGACUGCAUAGCAAUGGAAAGGGAAUCCAGGUCGGCGAUGUUGUGCGAUUCAACCACCCAUCGUUUUUGGGUGUACAUGCGGCAAAAAGAGUUAUUGGUAUGCCGGGGGAUUUUGUUUGUCGUGAUCAGCCACUCAGUACAGAUGCUGGGAAGCAACCGGAUAUGAUUCAGGUCCCCGAAGGACAUGUAUUCCUCGUUGGCGAUAACCUACCCUGGUCAAGAGAUUCGAGAAACUACGGCCCCGUCCCGCUGGGCCUGAUCAAUGGAAAAAUCGUGGCUCGUGUCUGGCCACCGUCGAAGAUGGAAUGGGUCAAGAACACUAUGCAACCGGCCGAACUGGAUGGCUAG